AUGUGGCUGGAGCAAACAUUGUCUUCGUCACGCCGGAGGGUUCUGAUCAUUCUCACCCUGCUGGCGGUCACAUUGACCUACUCCAUAUUCUCUGUUGGCCGCUUGUCGGAGCUCGCGGGAUCCGCGGCGCAGCGUGAGCCGGCAGAUGGCAGUCUCAACCCCUCAAUCUGGGUGUACUGCGAGGAUGCUGGACUGUGUGGCAAGGACCACAAGGCCUGCUGGCUCAAGCACCUGGCACACCCCACUGCAGUGGAGCCGUCCAAGAAGGGACCCAACGUGGGCUGGACGUCGGGCUUCAUCACCCGGCCUCGUCAGACCAGAGCGGCUCAGGUCCCUGCCGACGACGACCGCAGGUACCACACGGUCAUCACCGCCCAGGGGUCUGCGGUGCACUGGCAGUCGCGCGUGGGCUACUACUGGUUCCUCAAGACCAAGCGCGACUGCCAGGCAGCCGGCAAGCGGGUGUUGGGGGUGAGCGAGGGAGGGGUUAUUGUGCCGAGCAUGCCGCCAGAGAUGAGAGCACGAGGGCCUGGACGAGGAAUGGCAGCGCUGGCGGCGGCCUCAGGUCGUCCCCCGCCACCCAGGCAGGGGCCCGCUUGGGGGGGCCAGGCGCCUCGGGCCGAGGCGCGGGGGCCAAUGAAGAACGCCAUGUGGUCCCGCAGCGCGCCACGCCCGCCCACCAUUCCCCCCCCGCAGAUGGGGGGGUUCACCCGGCUGCUGCACUCCGGGAAGGAGGACGACCUCAUGGCCGAGAUCCCCACCUGGGUCGCCCAGCCCCUGCCGCCCGAGCACCCCGACCAUGGGUAUGUGGUCCUGAACCGGCCCUACGCCCUGCUCCAGUGGAUCAAGGGCGCCGUGAUCCCGGAGAAGUAUGUGCUCAUGAGCGAGCCCGACCAUGUCUGGCUCAAGCCCAUGCCCAACCUGAUGACGGGGACGACGCCCGCGGCCUUCCCCUUCUUCUACAUCGAGCCCUCGAAGAAGGAGUUCCUGCCCAUCGUCCAGAAGUUCGUGGGCCCCAUCAGCCGCGUGGAGGCGGAGGAGAUCGCGCCCAUUGGGAACGCACCGACCUUCAUGUCGGUGGCGGACAUGAAGAACGUCAUGCCCAUAUGGUUCAACAUCUCCAUCGCCGUGCACAACGACGAGGCGGCCAGCAAGGCAUGGGGCUGGGUGCAGGAGAUGUAUGCGUUCACCCUCUCUUGCUACAAGGCCGGCAUCCGUGACAUCUCACUCUUCCUCAAGGCAAGGGGGCCGUGUGGAGUGAUGACGUCCCAGCCGCCGUGGGACUCCAGCAUGGAUCCCUACUACAUCCUGCACUACACCUACGGGAUGGACUACACCAAGGAGGGGGUGUUCACGCCGGGCAAGAUCGGGGAGUGGCGCUUCGAUAAACGGGCGUACAGCUUGAGACCCCCGCCGCGCAACCUGGGCGAGCCGCCAGAGGGCAUGAAGAAUGACCUGGUGCGGCACCUCAUCCACGCCAUCAAUGAGGCGUCCAGCAUCAUUCCGGACUGGGACGAUUACUCAGCCACCGGGGUUGCCAAACAAUUCUGGGAUGGGAAAACAUUUGCGACUGCCUGA